AGACCCCGUCUCGUCCGUCUCGUGCUUGCGAGGCUGUUGUGACCUGCGAGGCAGCCCAGAGCCCGGCGCAAAUCGCAACCUUAUUUUUCCUCUCCCCUCCCUCUCGCCUCGCCCCCCCAGCCGCGAUCGAGGAGGCGAAACUAAUAUCCGCACCAGGAAUCAAGAGGGGAUCGACCUCCCCCCAGUCCGCACCUCCGCCCUGAAUCCCCUGCCGCCGGUUCGCCGCCGCCGCCGCCACUGCUCCCGAUGGAUUUGGAUCUGUGGAUCUCCAAGGUCAAGGAGGGCCAGCACCUCGCCGAGCACGAGCUCCAGACCCUCUGCGAAUACGUUAAGGAGAUUCUCAUCGAGGAGUCGAACGUGCAGCCAGUCAACAGCCCGGUCACAGUGUGCGGCGACAUCCAUGGGCAGUUCCAUGACCUUAUGAAGCUCUUUGCCACCGGAGGACAUGUGCCUGAGACCAACUAUAUUUUCAUGGGUGAUUUUGUCGACCGCGGCUUCAACAGUCUCGAGGUUUUCACCAUCCUUUUGCUACUAAAAGCAAGGUAUCCUGCCCACAUAACCCUUCUGCGUGGGAACCAUGAAAGUAGGCAGCUGACACAGGUAUAUGGCUUCUAUGACGAGUGCCAGAGGAAGUAUGGGAAUGCCAAUGCGUGGCGGUAUUGCACCGAUGUUUUUGAUUACCUUACUCUUUCAGCAAUCAUUAAUGGCACGGUCCUUUGUGUUCACGGUGGCCUGUCUCCUGAUGUACGUACUGUUGACCAGAUACGGACAAUUGAUCGGAAUUGUGAAAUUCCCCACGAAGGUCCUUUCUGUGAUCUUAUGUGGAGUGACCCUGAAGAGAUAGAGACAUGGGCUGUUAGUCCGCGUGGAGCAGGUUGGCUUUUUGGAUCACGAGUGACAACAGAGUUCAACCAUGUGAACAAUCUUGACCUAGUUUGCCGGGCUCACCAGCUGGUCCAGGAAGGCUUAAAGUACAUGUUUCAGGACAAGGGUCUUGUAACUGUGUGGUCUGCACCUAAUUAUUGCUACAGAUGUGGCAAUGUUGCUUCUAUACUAAGCUUCGACGAGAACAUGGACCGCGACGUCAAGUUCUUCACGGAGACGGAGGAGAACAACCAGAUGCGUGGCCCAAGGACUGCCGUCCCGUAUUUUCUCUGACUUCAGUUGUACAAUUUUAGAAGUCGCUGUUUUAAGUUGUAAGGGUUAAAAGACGAACCGGAGGUGGUUAUUGUUGUAGGGUUCAGAUGAUAGUCCAAUCUGAUGCGUUUUAUUUCUCGCGCUUCUUUUAACCACAUGUACAAUAGAUCCUUGGGGGCAUCAUUGCUCCUGUAUUCCUUCUAUGACAGUGUCCAAUUUUGUUUC